AUGGAGCAAUUUAGAUCGACACAUAGCAAUAUCGGUGAGUCAUCGCAUGCAUCUGGUUCUUGUGUGGGAAGAGCAGCCUCUAAUGUAUCACCACCACCACCACCACUAGCACCAUAUGUUGAACAAGAGGUUGUUCCACCAGUACUAGCACCACCACCACCACCACUAGCACCACAUGUUCAACAAGUGCUUGUUCCACCAAUACUAGCACCACCACCACCACCACCACAUGUUCAACCAAUGAUUACUCCACCAGAACCACAAGUUCCACCAACUAUGCAUGAGCUUGCUAUCAAAACGAGAGACAACAUAGUUGCAUCGAGAUACAUCCUUAAGACUGAUAGUACAGAUAUCCAUGGAAAAAAGAUGCCUAAAGAAGUUGCUCGUGUAGUCGUUGAGGUAGCCCACGAUGAGAUGGCUAGGCUACAAUUUCCUAAUUUGAAUGUAGGGAUCACUUUGGUAGGUCAAGCAGUUGGGGUACCAGUAGCAUGGCAUAAACAUCUUAUUAUCGACGAAAAAGAGAAAGCAAGAAGAUAUUGA